CAGGAAUUGAACCAAUCAAGAGGAUGGCUUAUUAAUUAUUAUGUUUUCGUAGACGUCCGACCAAUGAAGCAAUAAUAUAAAAGAGUUGCAAACAAAUUAAAAAUCAUUCAGAAUUUCAGAAAUCUAGCUCUCUCAGAAGAUACUUCAAGAAGAAUCCAAAAGCAGCAAGAAUGUCAGGUCGUGGUAAAGGAGGCAAAGGUCUAGGAAAAGGAGGUGCCAAGCGUCAUCGUAAAAUCUUACGAGACAACAUCCAGGGAAUUACAAAGCCCGCCAUUCGUCGUCUCGCUCGUCGUGGUGGUGUCAAACGUAUCUCUGGUUUGAUCUAUGAAGAAACUCGCGGUGUCCUCAAAGUUUUCCUCGAGAAUGUGAUCCGUGAUGCCGUCACCUACACCGAGCACGCCAAGAGAAAGACCGUCACUGCCAUGGAUGUUGUCUACGCCUUGAAACGACAAGGACGAACCCUCUACGGUUUCGGCGGUUAAAUUUCGUCAAGAAGAUAAAGAAAUAGAAAAAACGGCUCUUUUAAGAGCCACCAAAUGUAUAAAAGAAUACAAACGAAUUCAUCCCGUGCAUACGUACAAACGCAUCACAAUUUAAAUCGCUGUUCCACGACUAUGAUUUUGCUAGUCUAUAGUAUAACACUUUCAUCAGUGAUGCAAAUGACUUUUAAAACAUUCCCCUGGGGCUGCUCCGUUCCAACUCUAUUC